CUUCAGAGACACCAGAGAACACACACGGGAGAGAAGCCAUUCCUGUGCCCUGUGUGUGGUAAGACUUUUGCAAAGUCAUCACAUCUUCAAGACCAUCAGAAAACACAAACGGGCGAGAAGCCAUUCCUGUGUCCUGUGUGUGGUAAGACUUUUGCAAAGUCAUCACAUCUUCAAGACCAUCAGAAAACACAAACGGGCGAGAAGCCAUUCCUGUGUCCUGUGUGUGGGAAGAAAUUUGCACAGUCAUCACAUCUUCAGAGUCAUCAGAGAACACACACGGGCGAGAAGCCAUUCCUGUGCCCUGUGUGUGGGAAGACAUUUGCAGACUCAUCAACUCUUCAAACUCAUCAGAGAACACACACGGGCGAGAAGCCAUUCCUGUGCUCUAUGUGUGGGAAGAUAUUUGCAGCAUAUUCACGGCAAUCAAGUCUUAAGAGUCACCAGAGAACACACACGGGCGAGAAGCCUUUCCUUUGCUCUGUGUGUGAGAAGGCAUUUGCACGGGCAUCAACUCUUCAAACUCAUCAGAGAACACACACGGGCGAGAAGCAAUUCCUGUGCUCUGUGUGUGGCAAGACAUUUGCACAGUCAUCGCAUCUUCAGAGUCAUCAGAGAACACACACGGGAGAGAAGCCAUUCCUGUGCCCUGUGUGUGGGAAGACAUUUGCACGAUCAUCACAUCUUCAGAGUCAUCAGAGAACACACACGGGCGAGAAGCCAUUCCUGUGCCCUGUGUGUGGGAAGACAUUUGCAGACUCAUCAACUCUUCGAACUCAUCAGAGAACACACACGGGCGAGAAGCCAUUCCUGUGCUCUGUGUGUGGGAAGGCAUUUGCAGACUCAUCGACUCUUCAAACUCAUAAGAAAACACACACGGGCGAUAAGCCCGAGAAGCCAUUCUUGUGCCCUCUGUGUGGGAAGGCAUUUGCACAAUCGUCAUCUCUUCAAACUCAUCAGAGAACGCACACGGGCGAGAAGCCAUUCCUGUGCCCUGUGUGUGGGAAGGCAUUUGCACGCUCAUCAAACAUGAACAGGCAUCAGAAGGUCCACAAUGAUAGG